AUCGCACUAGAGAAAUUCAUUGUUGAAGCAAACCUAUUUCGCUGUUAAUAGUGUUAUUAAUUUCAUUCUUCUCCCAUUGCCUCAUUUAUAGAAUGCAUGCACACUGUCUUUCUUUUUCAGCGUUCAAUUAGAAUGACUCUUUACUUAAUCGUCUUGCAUAUUACUCGCUUUAUUUUAUUCAUCAAAAUUAUGGAUUUCUGAAUUGAUCCACUUAGCACAUAUAUAAAAUUUGCCCGAGACUUGGUCAAUACCCGUGAGUGGGUAUGUGCCAAAUACUUUACCGUUAUCAUCAUCACCUUCCUCAACGAGGUGCCUUAAUAAUGUCCUGGCAUUUUGUACCGUUCCGAAUUUCACCUAAUAUAAACAACAAUCACAGGCAUGAUCGCCCGCAUCCAAGGCCGUUCUUUCUCAUCCCUUGCGCUAAUGCCAAUGGUAACAAUUAAUGGUGAAAGGCAAUGCGCAAUUCGAGUUAAUUGCUUCCCAGAGUAUGUACGCCAUAGCUCUGCAAAAAAAAAAAAAAGUGAAAAUGUGCCGGCAGCAAAAAAAAAAAAAAAAAGCUAAUAAAUCUGCGGCUAAAUUGCCCUUUUGAAAGCCUGACAUUUUCGGAGGACUCCGGCAGCCACACUGAGUACGAAAAUGAGCCGCAACCGCAUGCGGAAACGGCACGCUCGCCCAUUUGAAGAAAAGAAAGAUGACGACUCUUCGGAAGCGACACGGGAGUCUGCAUGGCGCCUGAAAAACACGCCUGAGCCAGUAAUGGCGUGACGUCGGGCAAGCAUGGAAUACAAGGACGCCACCCAGGCCGCCUGCUGGGUAAUUCUACCCAACCUGGGUGGCCUGGCCGGCCUGUACAUCAUCAAGACCAGGCACGACGACGUUAUCAAGCGAUGUGUGCUGGUGCGCAACUACCCGGGAAGUAGCGGCCAGCUUGUGCUGUGGGUGACGUUCAACAGCGCCAUGGGCUACGCCGCCUACCUGGUUUUCAAGGACGGAGGCGGCCUGCAUGGUCCAGCCAGGCCUGCCCUGGCCGUGUUCGCCGCCGGACUCUGCUACAACUGGGCAUGGCCGGCCUUCUUCUAUUCGAAGCAGAGGUUCGCGCUGGCCAUGGUGGACAUGAACCUGCUCUGCGGCUCAGUGGCGCUGCUGGCCCACAUGUACCUGCCCAUCAACGACCGGGCUGCCAAGAUCAUGCUGCCUUGCAUCGCCUGGACGCUCGCCAUGGCGACUUUCAACUGCCGCGUAUGGCGCUGGAGCAGGCGCCGAGCCAGCGACUAAGUGCGUUCGACACGAACAAUCGCGAAGCGCCCCCUGCGCCAUGCACGUGACGUCACUCGGGUUUGCGCGCGAGAUUGCCUGCUUAUCGUCUCUACGGUGAUCGGCUGCGGGCAGACAGGUGCGUGCUCCGGUGUCCUCGGUUGAAAGCAGACGAAGUGCCCGUCCUUGAGGAUGACAGACUGUUGAGGCAGCGUGGGCUUUGCACUGCCUGCCUCGUGAUAGGGACUCAUGGGAUUUUUACGCAGUGUGAAAUAAAGUGGGUU